UUCUGUCUUAAGUACUAUCCACCGCCAAUCCCACCCCAGCUAACCCACAAGUGACUCUCGUCACCGUAUCCUCAUCCUUCUCCAAAGCCACCCAAUAGAAGAAGAAGAAGGAGCACCACCACAAACGACGAAAGAUGGCCGACCUAGUCGACUCGAUGCUCGACCUAAUGCGUCGUCUCCCGCCGACGCGCACCGAGGAGAACGUCGCCACGCUCGUCGACCUCUGCCCUGAAUACGCUGACGACCUCCUGGGCAGCGUCGACCAGCCGCUGUUGGUCAAGAUGGAUAAAGCGACGGGGAGGGAGUAUUUGGCUUGUGAUUAUAAUCGGGAUGGGGAGAGUUAUAGAUCACCCUGGUCAAACGACUACGACCCCCCAAUCGAAGACGGCACCGUCCCCUCCGUCAAACUGCGCAAACUCGAGAUCGCGGCCAACGAAGCCUUUGAUACGUAUCGGGAGCUCUACUUUGAGGGAGGUGUGUCAAGUGUGUAUUUGUGGGAUUUGGAGGAUGGAGGGUUUGCGGGUGUUGUGCUUAUGAAGAAGACUCUCACUCCGUCAACGGCGAACGAACCCGCAGGCAGCUGGGACUCGAUACACGUCUUCGAGACGGCUGAACGAGGCCGCCAAGCGCAUUACAAGCUUACAUCCACCAUCAUGCUCCAGCUCACCACACAGAGCGGGACUGAGAAGGAAAAAGUGAAAGAGAAGGAGUUGAAGGAAGGCGGUGGAGGUGUUAGUGAGAAAGUGAAGGGACCAGACGGCCUGAAGAGCGAUGGCGAGGUGACACUGAGCGGUAGUAUGACACGACAGACGGAACAAGACUGGCCUAUCCACGAUGCUUCUUCGCACAUAACGAACACGGGCAAGAUGAUCGAGGAGAUGGAGAUCAAGAUGAGAGGUUUGCUGCAAGAGGUGUACUUUGGGAAGACGAGGGAUAUCGUGUAUGAUCUUCGAAGCGUGGAUGAUUUGGAGAAGGCGAGGCGUCAAAAGGAGCUGCAGAAGGAGCUUGUUGGGUUUAUUAAACGGUGA